ACCAGUACUACUGCCAGUACCACCAAGGCCAGCAACAACAACAAAAAAGAACCCUCCUUAAUUAAUUUCAUCCAAUGCCUGGCGUGAAAGCCGGAUACUGGAUUCCUGCAUUGGCCGGCAACCGCGAGUUCGAUGGAACUAUAAAUGGCGGCCUCUUCAAUCAUCUCUAUGCUGGUUUUGCCCUGGUCAAUCGUGAUGGGUUUGCUGAUACCGAGCAGAGCGUGAUCGUUUUCCCUCCUGGCAACGUCGGGAAAAAAUUCGAAACCUUCCCCAAGGCCGUCCAUGAUCAAAACUCUAAGUCGAAAGCCCUUUUAUCCAUCGGUGGUAAAGGCCGUUCUGAUGACAUUGCCUACGUUGUUAGCGAUCGAAAUAGGCAUAAAAGAUUCAUAGAUGACUCCAUAAAACUUGCCAAGACGUUCAAUUACGAUGGCCUGGACCUCUGCUGGCUGUACCCGAGGGCCCCCAAUAAUAUUAAUCCCGACCAGCUGUCGGCCCUUCUUGGCCGACUCCUUGCUAGGUGGCGAGAAGCCCUGGACGAGGACGCCAAGGAAACAAAAACAAAGUUGCUUCUAACUGCAGCGGUCUUUGACCGCCGGGUCAUUCCUGAUCUUGCAGACCCAAAUCCAAUAUUCAGUUAUCCCAUUCAGGAUCUUUCAGACAACUUGGACUGGAUCAACGUACUGGCCAUUGACUUCUAUAUUCCCUCCAACUCACCCCAGCAUACUGGACCAGUUCAUGCGUGGCGUAAUCCUGCAAACAUGAACUUGAGGUGUGGAAGUGCAAGCAUUGAUAACUGGAUUAAUGGAAUUGGUCCUAAUACUGUAAAAAUUGAGAACAAUAAGUUGGUCCUCGGCCUUCCAUUUUUUGGCUAUGAAUGGACUCUGGCAGACAACCGUCAACAUGACUUCUUUGCAGACGCUAAUCCAGCAAAUGAAGGCUCCAGCUUAGAGUUCAGAAAUAUCAAGGCGCACUAUAUCAACAUUAAUGCAGGCCGUCGCGUGAAUGAUGACGCGUAUGGUGCCUCCUACUGGCGUCACGAGACUAGUUGGAUUGGUUAUGACGAUGCUUAUAGCAUCGCUACUAAGGUUGGUGAGGCGUCUAGGGGAAAAAACUUGCGCGGUUACAUUGCUUGGCAUCUGGCCGCCGAUGACGACCAAUGGACUCUCUCAAAUGCAGCUUCCAAGGCAUGGGAUGAUGCGAAUAAUAAUCCGUAAAGGCAUGUAUUGCAUGGGAAGAAUAAUCAACAGCAUGGUCAGCUAGCAAUCAGAUAUGGUGUGUUUGUUACAAAUUAAUAUGUAGAGGUCAUGUUUGUAUUACCAAUAUAAAUUAAGGCCAAUGAUGUCAGAUAUGUACGUACGUUCUGUACUUACAAUAUCAUGUAACAUAUUAUAAUAAGCUGCUUGUAUUAUCAACAAUAAGGCCAAUGGCUAGCUGGCUAUCAUGCUGUGUACCUACGUUGUGUAAUAAUUAUAUUAUUAUUAUUAUAGAAGCGUGUAUUACUAUA